AUGGCGCUCGCGAGCUGUAUGUGCAAAAUCCGCAAGGAAUUGCAAGCCUCACCCCCUCUUUUUCUAACCUUUGUCUCUGCAGAGGUGGGCUCUAGUCGCCGGCUGCGGGAUCGCGUGGUCCGCAGCGGCCUGGGCUCCCGCCGCGACUCCACCGCAGCUCGCCCCCGGUCGCGACCGCCGCCGCUUCCAGAGCCGGCGGGGAGCCCGGAAGGAGCACGGGGCGCCGAGCCACCCGCCGCCUCUCACACUCCAGCAGGGAGCCGACCGCCUGCUUCGACCCCGGCCCUGCGCUUCCCACCCGAUCCCUUCAGCAACAUGAGCCCAAACCUGCCGAGGACGGUGAGCGCAGUCCGGCAGCGCCGGAUGGAUUCCAGCCACCGUCCGGGCCGCCCGCCCGCAGUUCGGCACCCUCCGGGUAAGAGCCACCCUGCUGGCGCAGGAGCUGCCGGCUCCACCGCCUCGGGCAAUGGGUGCCACUUCCCCAGCUCCCUGCGUAAUUCAAGAACCUGGGGAUCGCUCUCUGCAUCCUCGUCCCUAAUGUAUGUCCUUUGGGGCUCGAGAUAAGGUCCUGCUAGGCUCAAAAGUGCAUAGGGGACUCCUCCGUGUCUCCCCCCACCCCCACCCCAGAGAUCCCUUGACUUGGAAACCCGCGGAUCCCGAGCCCCCCUCCCCCAAUCCGCCUUGUGAAGAAGAAUGUGAAAAUGGUUUCUGGACUCCUCAGCUUGGCUGAGGCUGGGGGGGUCAGUAAAGGUUUCGUAUGGUAUAGAAUACCGUGUUUCCGUGGUUUGAUGGUGGUCAGAGCUACCCUAGGUUAACAGGUGUUUUUUGAGGGUUGGGUCGUGGGUGGGGAGACUUCGGUGUAUUCAGGAUGUCUUUCAUGGGUGAGGCCAAUUUUUAGGAUCUAUAUUUUAUUGGGCCUUAUAUAUAAAGACGCUUUAAUUAUUUAAAAAACAUUUCUCUAAUUCUUAAGGAGAAAAUGGUAAUAAUAACCCAAGCUAGGUUCCUCCUGCAUCUGGUAAUGUGUCAGGUGAACUUGGACUAUUUUGUGUCACGAAAUGGAUGUUUGCUAUGGGAAGUAAUAUCAGAAAAUCUGGUACAGGUUUUAGGAUAAACCCAAUAGAUAUUUGAGAAAUGUGAGGCAUUUCGACGUUCAAACAUCGCGUGUGUUUCUCAUUUGUCAGAGUAAUGAAAGAGUAGAUCUUUUUGCUUUCCAAAUGCGUUGUGGGUUUUUUUUUUUUUUUUUCAUUUUCCAAUAAACACCAUACUGCAAUAUUUCCCUUACUUCGAAACUACUGAACCAAACACACAGGAAAAAAGAAAGAAAGAAAGAAAGAAAAUCUUUGCAGAACAUAAUGUUGUUUUAAUCCCCAAAAUUUUGGAUGGUAUUUGAUGGUGUACUUUGAAACCCCUAUUUCCUGUUCCUUCAGGAACACAUAGGGAAACAUUGAAACCUUAGACAAUCUGCCGCAUUGCGCAUAAGACUGCACAUGGCGGUGGGCCAUAGUCCCCAACGUGCUUAUCGACAAAUCCUUAUUGUUUGCCCAGUUUUCCAGUAUAACAGUGUUGGCUGUACAAAUACUUGUGAACAAUAGCUGAUAUGUUUGUAGAAAGGUGUUUUUAGUAAUUAAGGAUAGAAUCACUCUCAUUUCAAAAUGGAGGACCAGUUGAUGUCUGCAGAAUUGUUCUGGGUCAGUAACUCCAAGGGCUCCCUGUCUCUGGAGUGGGUUUUUGUUUCUUAUUUUAUUUUUAUUCCGAGCGUCUGUAUCUUGUAAGCAGUUCCCUAUUACACAUUGAUGACGCUGAUAGUAAGAGGAAGCAUUCCCUUUGGAAAAACAAGCUCCUUGACUGCGUCCAUAGGCCCUGCAGCAUAGGUCCAUUGAAGUUGGGUGGGGCUCAAAGACUUGAUGGCCUGAGUCUGGGUGGGGCUGGGGGUGGACUUGGAGUUCUGAGGCUGGGUGGGGCUGGGGUGGGCUGGAUGCUCAGCUGGCUAAGUUGUAGAUUUGGGGUUUCAGCUGCUUUUUCUUGGGUUUGGUGGCCCAGCGUGUUUCGGUGACUAACGUGGUUCUGAUUACACAGAGGAAGGUGAUGCCAGGUGGAAAGAUGGAGGAUGUAGGGUAUCUUUGUAAUCCUCGUGGUGAUAUUCAAAGCUUAUUGGAAAGAAACGUUUGGUUGCCAUGUGAGAAAUACACGUUUGGGAAGUCGCACACUUUCUCUACAAGGAAAGGCUAAGAGGCUGACACCGCCAUAACUGCCUUCAUUGUCUCUGUGAACCUAACAACAAAAAAUAAACAAAAAAGGAAAGAAAACCGGAGAGAAAAAGAAACGAAAUUUAAAGAUUAUUCGGAGCCUAAGACUUUAGAGGUUUCUGGGCAAAACUCCCAGCGUCCUGGGUCCAAACCUCUAUUUAUAGACUGGGGAGCCAAUGUCCUGGCCUUGGUUUCUUCUUGGGUGGACACAAGAGCUGGGAGUGCAGUCUCUGGAAAGGCUAGGAAAUAAAGCAAAGUUCGCUAUUACAAACGUAGCCAAGAAACCUGGCUGA